AUGAUCAAGACUCCUGGUUACAGAACUAAACGUAGAAAAAUUCAAAAAGAAUUAAAUGCUUUGGAUUAUUGGAUUAACAGACCAUGUGAAGAUGAAUUAAUUACACCUAAUUCAAAUACGGUUUUACAUAUUGUAUCACCUCAAUUAAGUCAAGAAAAAAGUCCUUUGAAUUUUAGCUUGGAGAACAGUUUUGAUCAGCGUAUUCAAUUUGUUCCUGAAAAUUGUAUUGCUGAUAACAACUCUAUACUUCAAACUGUGACCACGUCUGAUUCUAUUAAGCUAACAAAAUCCAAUACAAAUAAUAAUAAUUACGAAGAAAAUGUGUUACAGUCUUUACAAGAGUGGGCAGUACAAUGUAAUGUUCAUCAAAGUACAGUUACUAAACUUUUAAAAAUAUUAAAGUAUAAAGCUGAUCUAUUAUUUUUACCCGAAACCUGCCGAACACUACUUCAUACUGAGUCAACAAAAUUAAUUGGUAUACGAGAAGUGAAUCCUGGUGUUUACUAUCAUUUUGGGCUAUUUAAUGGUAUAAUUAAGUAUUCUUCUACAAUUCCCAUUCAAGAAUGCAUAAAUAUUGCUGUUGGAGUUGAUGGGCUACCAAUAUCAAAAAGCAGUUCUGGUCAAUUUUGGCCAAUUUUGGCCUAUAUUGUUCCCUACCGUAAUUAUGUUUUCCCCAUAGGAAUAUACUAUGGUAAUGAGAAACCACGAGAUAGUAAUGAAUACCUUAAAGAUUUUAUUUCAGAAGUUAUAGAUUUAACAACUAACGGAAUUAUCAUAAAUAAUGAAAAAAAAAAGGUAGUGAUUGAAGUUAUAUGUUGUGACGCUCCAGCUAAAUCAUUUUUAUUAAGAGUGAGAGAAUACGGGGUUUUUUAG